CUGGGGUAGGGGUACAACAUCGCAAAAUACCUGGCCCUAACCUGGUCACUCAUCUCUUUUUGGGCAACAAGGAAACUAGCCUGCUGCCUGAGAACACAACACCUGAGACGGAGGCCAGCAGAAACAUUUGCCUGCCCUCACUCCUUCUGCCCCUGCUUCCACCUGCUCCUCAUCUGCCCACCCACUAAGAUCCAUGCUGCAUAUCAUCUCUCGAACACCCAGCAUGGUUGAGACUGGGCAUCCUUCAGGUUUGCCUGCAGACAAAAACAUCUCUUCAAGUGUCACUCGAGUGAUAGUGAAGACAUCAGGCAGGCAGGAAGACUUUAUGAUAGCUGAUGACAACUUGGUGAGGCUGUUCAAAGAGAAGCUAUCUGCUCACUUUAAAUGCCAAGUGGAUCAACCAGUGCCGGUCUUCAUGGGCCGCCUUCUCAAAGACCAUGACACACUGAGCCAGAGGGGCAUCAUGGAUGGCCACACCAUCCACUUGGUCAUCAAGUCCAAACAUGGCUCCAGAUCCCUAGCCCAUUCCUUCCAGAACCUGCUGACCAAUGUGCCCUGUCACUGGGAUAGAAACACCAAAGGAAACAGCAGUGGGGUAUACCAACCUGCUGGUGUGAGUCACACCCCAAUGGAAUCAGCUUUUUUUGUGGAGCCUGAUGCACCCAAGGUGCAUACCCAGGACCUGGAAGUGGGUAGUCCAGAGCUCAUAGCACAGAUGCUGGAGAAUCCUAGCAUCCAGCGGCUUCUGUCCAACACGGACCUCAGGAGACAGUUCAUUUCAGAACACCCAGAUGUGCAACAAUUGACGCAGCAGAACUCAGAGGUCUCACACAUCCUUGACAAUUCUGAGAUCCUAUGCCAGACUCUGGAGCUGGCGAGGAACCUUGCUAUGAUUCAAGAAAUAAUGCAGAUCCAGCAACCUGCACAGAAUCUUGAGCAUCCACUGAACUCACAGUCAUACUUGCGUUUAAAGACAAUACCAGGUGGAGACAAUGCCCAGUCAUUGCCAACGGGUCAGAGCUAUGCUGAUUUCCAUGACCAAAUGCUCAACAGCUCAGCGGAUCCCUUUGGGGAACCUUUCUCAGCUCUUCUGGAAGGACAAAUACCUGAACAAAUCGAGUCCUUAUCCCCAUCUCCACCACCACCCCAGGAACAGCAGGACCAGCUCCCACAGCUCCCUACAACCCGAGUCAUCUAUGCUAGUUCUUGUGGUUUAUCCUCAAUCACUUCAACCAAUGCUACUUCCAAGAAGGUAAACCAUACUUCCAGGGCCAAUACUGCCACCAAGGCCCAGAAUCAUACCUGUGCCAUUCAGCAGCCAGCUGGGGUACCAGCCUUACCUAGCAUAGGCCUCACCCAGCAGCCCCAGGCAGAAGACAAAAAUGCCACUAUCUCUCUAGACAGCUGGCAGGAGAUUAAAGAUGAUCUCCAGCUGUCAGAUGAGCAGACAAGUUCCCAGAACACAGGAAGUAUACUGCAGUUGCUUUUGAACAACCCUUACCUGGCAGCCCAUGUGAUGUUGUUCAUGAGUAUGCCCCUGCUGAGUGAACAGUUGAGGCAGCAGCUGCCCACAUUUCUGCAGCAGAACCAGCUUUCCAACAUGCUUGGAACCCUAGCAAACCCUAAAGUAUCACAAGCAAUAUUGCAGAUUGAGCAGGGUCUGCAGCUGUUGGCCACAGAGGCUCCUGUUCUUCUACGCUGGGUUGUACCAUACCUAUGGGGCCUGGGUUGGCUUCCUGCACCCAGCUGCAGUUACCCCGACACUGCCCUAGACCUGGGAUGUGCCAGGUAUGGCUGACCCCAAAGGGCCUGAGUGCUGCCACAAAUCUGGAGCAGUGCUGCAGAGGCUACAAUCCCUAGCUGGAGACACUUCCCACCUUCUACAAGUCCCCAAGAUUUGUUUCAGCAAGCAAAUCGAGUCUCUUGAGGCCGUGGGAAUUGGGAACUACCAUGCCAACUUGCAGGCACUCGUUGCCACUGAGAGGGACACCAGUGCUGCUAUCUACAACCUCAAGAGAUCCCAUGGAUUCUAACCAGCAUGCCUACCUAUUUGCUUGUUACCUGCCUUCUGAUCCAUUUGACCACCUCAUCUGCCUUUUCCACCUCUUCUGAUGUUUCCAUCCAGGAGAAGUCCUGCAAUAGGAGAAACCAAACAAUGCAUUCUUCACUGAAUAAUAGGCCAUUGGCCAUGGCUGGAAGAUCUGUCAAUAAAAUGGCUGCACCCACU